AUGGACUCGAUGAGGUCUCUCAAUACCUCCUUACCUUCGGCCCGUCCUGCGCCACCUGAAGCACUGCUCCAGGCCUUCCGGACCGCCGCCCUUUCAGUUACAAACCUUUAUAAGUCUGCCGUCACCGACCAGAAUGCCAGUCGGCAAGCCGGCUACCAAGAAGCUUUGGCGGAUCUUUUGGGCUUUCUUGACCGAGAAAACCUCGGAUUGCAGGACGGCGAGGGCUGGCGAGUGAGGCAAUGGGCAACCGAGCGAUAUGAUGGCUCUGCUCUUUUACACCAGAACGAAAGUGAUGACGAAAGAAGUGAAUCCGGACAGAGACCGCGGAGCAUGACGCCCACGAGAGAGCAGCCAGUCACACCUCCGUCAGAAACGUCUGAGCAACCGCGAACGGAGUCUGCGACCCAGACCGACGACAAUCCGACCUCUGCUACGCAUGAACAGUCUGCACCUACACCGAUUUUCCACUUCUCUGGAAAUACUGUGUCCAUCCCGUCCGACGACAUGCAGACCGACGAGGAUGGCAAUGCGCCCACUGAUGCGACCACAUCAAGUCACUCCAGCCGAACAGCAACCGUCAAUGCUCGGGGCAACCGAACUCCUCACAGAAGCGGCAGUGGGCGUCAUGCAACCAGAUCAUCGGCCAGAGAAUUUACUUUCACUGCAGGCACUAAACGCAAGUUUCAGAUACCCGACUUUUUCGACAUUUCCAAUAUUGGACCACGGGACGGAACAGGAAGCAACAAGCGAGGACGCAUUUAA